GGUCUUCGAAGCUUCCACCCACACGGCAAACUUCCCCAACAACCGCGCCCCGGUGCCGCCGUGGUCGCCAUUACAUAUAGCUUCCCCCCUUCCCCUGCUCCUCUCACCAGCCCGCUCGCUCCUUCCUCCCGCUCCAUUUCGCAACCCCAAAGUAAACCACCAACGCUAAAACGUAGUACGUGCUCUCGCUAGAAGCAGCACCUGCCAUGGCGCGGCCAGGCCACCCGGCGUGGCUCCUCUUCACGGCAGCGAUCGCGCUGUUCGCGGCCGGCGCGACGGCCCAGGACUGCCUGUCGGCGACGUUCCAGGGCGGGCGGACGUUCCUCAAGUGCAACGCUCUCCCCGUGCUCGGCGCCAGCCUGCACUGGACGUACCACGCCGAGAACGGCACCGCGGACGUGGCGUUCCGGGCCACGUCGGGCACCAACGAGUGGGUCGCCUGGGGCAUCAACACGGACGGCACCGGCAUGGGCGGCAGCAGCGUGUUCAUCGCGUCGCAGGACGCCAGCACGGGCGUCGCCAGCGUUCUGACCACGGUCCUCGAGGGCACUAACCCGACCCUGACGAAGCAGGCGCCCAAGUUCGCCGUGCCCGUGGCGCCCACCGCCGAGUACAGCGGCGGCGCGUACACGAUCUACGUCACGGUGACGCUGCCCGGGAACGCCACCCAGCAGAACACGGUGUGGCAGCACGGCCCGUUCACAGGUGGCGCCGUCGCGCCGCACACGCCCAGCGGGGCCAACAUCCUCAGCGUCCAGAGGCUCGACUUCCUCUCCGGCCAGAGCUCCGGAGGCUCCAACUCCAGGCUGCACCGUCGUAACCUCCACGGGAUCCUGAACGCGGUGGGCUGGGGCAUCCUGAUCCCGCUGGGCGCCAUGAUCGCGCGCUACCUGCGCGUCUUCGAGUCCGCCGACCCGGCAUGGUUCUACCUCCACAUCGCGUGCCAGAUCUCCGGCUACGCCCUGGGCGUGGCCGGCUGGGCGCUGGGCCUGAAGCUCGGCAGCGAGUCCAAGGGCCUGACUUACAAGCCCCACCGCAACAUCGGCAUCGCCAUCUUCUGCCUGGCCACGCUGCAGGUGUUCGCGCUGCUGCUGAGGCCCGACAAGAAGAACAAGUACAGGGUGUACUGGAACGCGUACCACCACUCCGUCGGGUACUCGGUCAUCGUCCUGGCCGCCGUCAACAUCUUCAAGGGGCUCAACAUCCUCAAGCCGGCCAGCCGGUGGAAGACCAGCUACAUCGCCAUCAUCGCCACGCUCGCCGGCGUCGCGCUCUGCCUCGAGGCCAUCACAUGGGCCAUCGUCCUGAGAAGGCGCAAGCGCGCCAAGUCCUACGGCGCCGCCGCCAACGGGACCAACGGCACGGGACUGCAGCUAUAAGCAGAUCCGAUGUGUGUCGUACGAUGCGUGUGCUGCACUGCGGCACGCCGGGUAGUUUUGCUGCGAGAUCGAUCGAUGUGUUUAUUUAUGUCCUUGAGCUGUACUUCGUGUUGUUGUAUCUGUCUUCUUACUGCUUCUCCAUGCUUCCGUAGUAGGUAUUCUUUUUCUUUUCUUUUCUUCCUUCUCUUCGGUGACUUUGUAUACAUUUUUUUCCGCAUUGAUGUAUGAUUACUUUUAUUUAUGUGGAUAGUGUAUGACUUAUAUCAGCAGAUUU